AUGAGUUUAGAAUUGUUACCCAAUGAAAUCUUAUUGGAUAUAUUUAAUUAUUUCAAUGGUGUUGAACUUCUUCGUACAUUUUAUGGUCUCAACUUCCGAUUAAAUUUCCUUCUUCAUGAUCGAUUUUUAAAUUGUUCUUUCAAAUUUAAUUCUGUGUCAAAACGUGAUUUCGAUACGAUAUGUCAACAAUAUCUACCAACAAUGGCAGCUUAUAUGAUUACUCUUGAUCUUACUGACGAUGAAGAAACUCCAACACAAAUUAAACUAUUUCUUUCUUAUAGUCCAUCAUUCGAACAAUUUACUCAAUUACGAUCUCUUUCAUUAUUUAAUCUUCGUUCAUAUUCAAUACUGAUGAAAAUCGUUGAAGAAUGUCAUCAUCUUUGUAAUCUUACUCAUUUAGGUCUCUUUAAUUGUUAUCAAGAUUGUCAAGUUGAUUUUCAAUUAAUGGUUAACCAAAUUUGGAGUCUUUCAAAACUUAGCCAUUGUACGAUUGGUAUUGGAUUUACAGGACUAUGCGUAUUUCCUACACCUACAAAAACCUCCUUAUCUCUCGAAUAUGUGUCUAUAGAAAGAGUCCAAGUUAAAUUGGAUCAAAUAGAUCGAUUAUUGGAAUAUACACCUGCUCUUAAAUGCCUUUCGAUAUCUGUGUUGUCUUUUGUCGAUAAUAAUUAUAUUCCCUCUCCUCUUCUAACCUUGAUUGAUUUGAAUAUAAGUUCUUCUUUUACGUGUAAUGCUUCGAAUAUGGGUAUUUUCUUGCAAAAUACACCUAAUUUACAUCGUUUGAAUGUCGACCUAUCGUCUGAAAUCGUUGAUGGUAACCAAUGGGAGGAAAUCAUUCGUAAUCACCUGCCUAAUCUUCAAAUAUUUCAAUUGAAAAUGAAAGUUACAUUGCCUUUGAGACAAAACUUACAGCAACGAGUCGAUGAUUUAAUUAAUUCAUUUCAAACGUCGUUCUGGAUCGAUGAGCAUCAAUGGUUUGUUCGUUGUCUUACAUGGAAUAGAACGAUUUAUCUAUACACGUUGUCUAAUUGCUACGAAGAAAACCUACCUAUCUCGUAUAAAUCAACAUGUCCUGAAGAUGAUCAUCAAGAUUUUUAUAAUAGCAUAAGUAAAAUAAUCUCUCCGACAUUUUUUGAUCAACCGAUUCCGUCUUAUAUUCGUUUGUCUAAAAUUAAUUGUCUCUAUAUAAAUCUUCCUAUAAAUGAUCAAUUAUGGUCAAUUGUUUCAAAUUUCAAUCGAUUGGAGUCACUUAAAAUAUUAUUUCAUAAUAAUAGUUUUCAAUCUCAAGUACAAGCAUUACUUGAUCGAGCACCUCAUCUUAUCAGACUAAGCAUAAGUCAACACGAAUCAACACCUUUGCAAACAUCAUUAUUCAAAUAUAGAAAUGUAUCCAUUCGUGAACUCGACUUACGAAACAUUAAUCAUUAUUUCAAUGAAGAAGAAUGUAUUACAUUGAGUCAUUCACCAUUAGGUGUUCAAUGUGAAAAGCUUUCUAUUCUGAUUCAUAAUCGUCAAAGUAUUAUUUCUCUCGUCGAGAAUAUGCUCAAAAUUCGAGCAUUAAAUGUUCGAUGUAAAGAUGAAAAGUAUAUUGAACAGUCAACAUCAAACAAAGACAAUGAUGCUGAAUAUUCCGAUUAUAAUAAAAACAGCAAUGAUGACUAUAUACAAUGGUUAAAAGAUCAUUUACCACCAGCAUGCACCAUUGUUAGAGAUCCAAAACUUACAUGUAAUAUUCUAAUAUGGAUUUAA